GCUUUGUUGAUAUUUGGCGGACCCCGCCACCUGUCCUGUUUCAAACAGUGAACUGGGGACCUUAUUUUCCUUUAUUUUCUAUUUUCGAAACCUAAAUCUUGUCAGCUCCAAAAAAAAAAAAAAAAAAAAAUACUCAUAUACUUCCCAAUGCAAAAAUUGCCUUUUUCAAGAGACACUUCCUGUCUGGUAUUCUAUCCAAAACUCUUUACCCACAGUGUCUCGUUUUUAAAAAAAGUAAAGUCUAAAUUCCAGCCUGAACAAAUAAGAUAAGUGAACUAUUCAAGUGUCCACCAACCCUCCAAAAAGGUAAACGGACUGGGAGGAUGCUCUAUUUUUCCUCUGCAGGAGUCUAUUACAGCAGAUGUUCAUUCUGAGCAGCUGCCUCAUUGCACAGCUAUUGCAAAGCCCAGAGACCAUCCCGGCGGCAUGACCGUGUCACUCAAAGCCGCCGCGCGAGCUAUGGGCAUUUUUGCGGGCUCGAGUCAUGUCAUCCGAGACAUUUAAUUGGGCCCUGGCCGCCACGGGGGGGGGACACACACAAGCGGGACGGCAUUCCUCCACAGCUCUGCGCCCCUGUUGUGUUGCUCUCCGCCGCGUGCGCCGCAGUCCGCGGAUGACGUGCCCGCCUGGUGCCCACGCAGAGUUUGAGCCUGCCGGACUGACACAUGGGUAGUGGACGCCUCGACCAUAGUGGAAAACUUUUUUAAAAAAUACUAAAGGAUAAAUGAUCACCUCAACCAGAAGAGUGUCUCCUGAUAAAUCCGAAGUAAGGAUCGCCUUCAGCCUCGACGAUGCAUCAGAUGUAAAAGAUGUGGAGGACUGCCCCCAGACUUUCCCGGAUCUUGAGCAGCGAUUACAGGCCUCUCUCUCUGACCUCUUGCAGCCCGUGCCCCCCUGUGUGUCUCUGAGAGAGAGCGUCCAGGUGUACAAGGAACACUGCAGGAUGGCGAGGGAGUUCCACCAGGUCAAACACGACAUCGCCGUGCUCGAGGACCGCAAGCGUAAAUUGCUGGCAGAGCUUGUGGAGGACGAGAAGGUCGCCGUGGAGAUCGCCCGUCUGGAGGAGGAGUUCCGGCGUCUAACGGAGGAGAACCGCACCCUGGUCACCGUCCACAACGAGCGCGCUCAGCAGCUGGAGAGCCUCUGCUUGACCGACCGGACGAGGCAGGACUCCUCGUGACCUCUGACCUCCGCGGAACCUGAGACCUCCGAAAACGUCCAGCUGACGCCCAGUCGAGUUAAAGGCUCAUUCUGCACAGCAACAGUCAGUGAAUCAGCUAAUUACACAGAGGGGCGCCCUGUUUGUUCAAGCCUGAGUCAUUCAGUCGAACCACAGACGGACUGUCGUCAUCAUUGUGAGGUUGUUGUAGAGAUUCUACUGAGCUAUGACACAUCAGCCCCUUGUCUGGGUGCUGUUUGGUUAUUAUUCUGUGAUCUUGCAGAGCCUUCCUGCAACACCUCAUGGCACACUAUUUACACAAUGUCAGCUGCUGUCAGUGUGAUCCGUCUCAGGUCCUGUGGAGACUCAGAUCUUGUACCUGAGGUCUGCGGAGGUGGUUGGAGAUGAUGUGGUCCAAAUGUUGUGUGUACGUGUCCCUGCCCCCCCCCCCUCCCUCCCCCACUCUGCCACCCACAGCACUUGCCCGACAAAGUUCCUGUUAUGAUAAUAAAAUAAUAAAAAAAAAAGGAAAUGAGAUGAGAUGAGUGUUUAAGACAGCGUCAGGCGAUGGGGGAGUUAAGACCCAUUUGUGAGAUAAUCCUUUUCACAAUAAGUAUCUGUUAGGGUUGUACAUUUUUUUUUUUUUUUUUUGAUGUGUCACCCACCUGUCGAAGGGGAAGUACUCUACAAGAUAAACUGUUGCUUAAUUGUCUUCGUCUAUUAAUAAAACGCGUUUUA